CACCGAGCAACAAACUUAACCAGAAUCAAGAAUCAAAAGAAACGCAUCCGACGAAGAUACCUAAACAAAUCACAAACUCAAAAUCUCAUGAAACUUUCCACCAAAUUCACCAUUCAAAACAUAAGAAAGUCAAGUAGGAUCCCAGAAGAAAAUGGAAGAUUUUAUAAAAACAAUCAUAUCUUUCGUUAUGCUGCAAUGGAUUCGAUUCCAUUUAGUUUAAGACAAUUAAUAUUUUUUGGUAAGAUGUUGGAAUCUGAUGAGAUUGAAAGUGAAGUUGAACAUCAAAAGAGAUUAGUUAGAGGUGCUAAUUUUAUUCGAGUUCAAUUACCAAUUCGAAUUGCUAGACGGAUACGAGACUUUCAAUCACUUCCAUAUAUUGUAGCAUCUAAUCCUCAUCUAACAGAUGCCUUACAACUUUACGUAGAUGCAUUUGAUAAGAUGAGAUCCUAUCCUCCAAUAACUGAUCAACAAGAUAAUCAAAGUUGGUGUGAGUUUCUCGAAGAUUUACUUAAUCAACACCGGAUCGUAAUACCUCAGCUUGCUAUUGGCAUUGCAGAAUCUUCAAACCAUCUUACUUCUCAUCAAAUUGAUACUUUCAUGACUCGAAUGUUACAAUCACGUAUCUCUAGACGAGUAUUGGCCCAACACCAUAUAGCUCUAACCAAUCAAUUUCAAUCUAAUCAGUCAUCAAAUUCAAAUUCAUCAUCAUCAUCUAAUCAAAAGUUAAAAGGGUAUAUUGGUAUUGUGAAUACUGAACUGAAGGUUUUGAACGUGAUUGAGAAAUGUAUUACACUGGUUCAAGCUAAACUUGGUCUGAGUUGUCUUUCGGGUACGGAUACGUCUAUGCUUGAUGUUAGGAUCACUGGAGAGAAGGAUGCUAGUUUUGCUUAUAUUCCAGAUCAGUUGGAGUAUAUCAUGUUUGAACUCUUAUUAAAUUCAUUCCGAGCCACCCUAAAGCAAGCCCGAAAAAAAUCCAUCACCCCCUCCAAUUUACCCAUCCAAAUCCAUAUUGUCACCUCACCAACUGAGAUCAGUAUAAGGAUUUCAGAUCAAGCAGGAGGUAUCAAACCAUCGAUUUCACCCUUACCAAAUUGGAUAUCAGAUGAAUCAGAUGAUUUUCCACCAUCGAUCAAUCGAAGAGAAUUAUUUUCGUUUUCACAUUUAGUUGAAGGAGAUAAGAAUCAAGACCGAUUAAAAGGAUUAAUCAAAACUGGAGGAUUGGCUGGGACGGUGGGAGAACAGAUUAGGGAUUGGAAAGAAGGAGAUCUAGAAGUGCUUGAGGAUGAGGAAAAGGAUGUUCAGGAUGCUCGAUUGAGGAUCGGGUUACCUUUGUCUUCUAUCUUUGCUGAAUUCUUUGGUGGAUCUCUUCAUAUGUAUUCUAUUGAAGGAUCAUCAGAUGCUGUUCUCUGUAUUCCUAAAUUAGGUACUACUACUGAACCUAAUAUGAAACAGAUUUAAAAGGAAAAGUCUCGUAUACGUAUAUAUAUAUAUUUACUUGAUUUUGAAAACACGAGAAGAAAUAGAGUCCUUCACCUAGGAUUUAGUACUUGAAUAGAAUUUGCGGUGGUGGAUCUUGGGAAGGAGAUGGAUUUGAUUUUGGUUACUGCUUGGUUUCAAAAAAAGCUCAAAAGAAAAAUACAUAACACAUGGGUUCAUUUUUCAAAAAAGGUAUCAAUUGUAAAAAUAUCAUUGUUUCUUUUGUAUGUGUUUUUUUUAUUAAGAUGUCGGAUAUAAGUUGUGAGAAUAUGUAUGUAAACUUGAAGUCAAGAUAUGUGGUUUGGUUUUGGUUUGUUUUGUUUUAGUUGAAAUGAUUGGAAUCGC